AAUGGCAAAUAAUUUAGAAUCAAUUUGUAAAAAGAAAUCUACUCGAUUUUUACAAGUUCCUUUAACAUCAACUGAACAAAUUUAUUUUGUUUUUUUAAUUCCAACAUUGAUUGCCUGUUUCAUAUACAUAAUCCACUUCUCUGCUGACUUGGUAGUUGCUGUACAACAUUUUAGAGAAAAUAAUCCACUAUGGGGAUAUUGUACUAUUGCUUUUAUGUAUGCACCAGCAAUUAUGUACUUUAUGCUAACUGUUUCGAGGCCAGAUUGGUGGAUGACAGAUGACGAUAAAUUGACAAAGGGUGUCUUCAUUUGGUUCUGUCUUCAACUAUGUCAAUUGAUUGGAUUCGUCUUUUUUUCACUGUAUAGGUACGCAGGGCUCAUAGUGUUAUCUGUGGAUGCUAUUAUAUUAUCUGGGAAGGAAAGAACUAAGACUCUAAACAUAGCAGCUGCUCCAGCAGCUAUAGAACUGUACCUUUUUUUACAAGCUUGGUUCCAGGCAGCUCCUCAAGCGAUCUUUCAAAUGCAUUUACUCUUUCGUGAAUCAUCGUUUCAUCAGAGUCACCAGUCUGUUGUCAUAAAAGUACUUUCUAUUGUUAUGUCUAUUGUGAUACUAGCCAUUCAAACUACUUCCUUUCAAAGAUUUGAAAGUCAACGUAUUAAUGGUAGAAAAUUACCAUGGGCAAUGUGGUUAAGGAAGUACUGUAUUCAGGAACUCUCUGAUCUUGAAGAAAGGACACCAUUAAGAUUACCUGAUGCAAAACAAGAAGAUACUGCACACAUGAAUAAUGUCACUGAAGAAUCUAUAAAAGAAGACGAGGAGAAGGAACAAGUUGAGCCUCAUGUUUCUUUAGGUCGUCAAAUAUCUGUAACACCUCCAUUACCACCAAAAAAUGUACAGAUUAUACCACCUCCUAUGCCUCUGCGAAGAAUUACCACAGUCAUCCCUUUGCCUAUACCUGAUGUACCAGCUCCACCAAGACCAGAUUCAAUUUGUACAAUCCUAGAAACUGAGCCUGAAAAUGCAUUAACUAAAUCAGUGUCUGUUAUAGAUUCAAACAAAAAUGCAGAUGAUUCGCACAGUUUAAAAGUUCCACAACGAAGGUAUACACACAAAGGUUUAGAAGAUGAUGACCCUGUAGGGAAAUUCUUAUGUUUUUUAUGGUGGUUUUGUUUCAUUUUAGCACGCAUACUUUCUAUUACUGUAUUCUAUGAAUUUUAUCCGCUUUACUCAGCUAUCGUAAUUGGCAUACACUAUGGCAUUAUGCUGUUGUAUAUCUUUUAUUAUACAAAAUAUUAUGAUAUUAUUACAUUUUUUGUUAAUUUAUGGUUAGGAUUAAUUUAUAUAGUGAGUUUGAUUGAGUAUAAAAUUAAAUUUAAAUAUGCAGAUAAAUGGCUGUUACCAUACUAUGUCUUUGUAAUACUGCAGAAUACGCUUCUAACAUUAGCUUGGUACUUCUGUGCAGACUGGGAUGGGUUUUGGUAUUUUUAUACAUUUUAUGUAAUUUUUGUAAGUAUGGCGCUCUGUAUUUUAUCAACACUAUUUUAUUACAUUCUACUUAAGCCAAAGAAGCAUAGAAUAUACAUCAGUUGACAAACAAUUGAUAUUACUUUACAGUAAAAAAGUUCAUUGACUUGUGAUUUUAAAAAUGCUUUAAUCUCUUUUUCAAUUGCAUUAACAUUAUCAUUUUUCAUAUUUAUAUUAGUUCUAUUCAGUUUCAGUCUGUAUAUAAAGAUACAUUAAUUGUUUAACAACAAUGAUAAAAUAGUUAAUGCAAUUAAAAUUACAAUUGUGUUUUUGUAAUGUAAAAUUAAAAACAUUAAGGACUGAUACCUAUUAUUAGAUAAUAUGUUAAAAAUGUAAAUGUAUUUAUCGUAUAAUACUAUAAAUUACAGGUAACUAGUUUAUGUAAUAUUUAUAGAAAAUGAUUGAUUUAAAAAAGUUUUACAAAUAGUAUAUUCGGCAGCAUUGGUCUAAUCUGCGAAUUUUAUAUUUGUACAGUAAUAUUUACAGUACUAUGCAUUU